AUGGUUGAAAUACCAGAUGUCGAUUCCGGCAACACGGUGACCGACUUUCUCGAGUUGGAGCGAGAGCGAGGCAUCACCAUCCAGUCAGCAGCCAUCACCUUUCCCUGGCCGCGGCAGCAAGACUGUCCCGAGGGUGCACACCCUAAGACGGUAAACCUGAUUGACACACCGGGCCACCAGGACUUCAGGUUCGAGGUGGACAGGUGCCUGCCCAUCUUGGACGGAGCCGUGUGCAUCAUCGACUCGGUCAAGGGUGUCGAGGCGCACACGGAACGCGUGUGGUCGUCUGCCCAGGAGUUUCGGAUCCCGCGCAUCAUUUACUGCAACAAACUCGACCGCGAGGGCGCCUCUUUCAGGAAGUCUGUCCUCGAGAUUGGCAGCCGUCUCAAGGGGUGGCCGCUGGUGUGUCAGAUCCCCUGGUGGGAGAAGGAUGACUUUGUCGGGGUGAUCGACGUCAUCGACCAGGUGGGCUACCGGUGGAAGUCGGAGAGGGAGAAGGUGCGCUUCGGCCCCGGCGAGCUCAAGGAGAAACUGGCCCAGUCGAACCCCAGCCUCGUGCGGGAAAUCGGGGUUGCCAGGCAACGCCUGAUAGAAGGUCUGGCCGACUUCGACGAGGCAGUCAUGGAUGAGUUCCUGGCCGAGAACAAGGAUAUACCGUCAUCUCUGCUCAAAGAGGCCAUCAGGCGGUGCAUACGGAGCGGCGAUGGGCGGGUCAUACCCGUCUUUGCCGGCUCAAGUUUUCGUCACAUUGGCGUGGAGCCCCUGAUGGACGCCGUCAUCGAGUACCUGCCUAGCCCGGCCGAGCGACCGGAUGUGGAAAUUCGCGUCGGCGCGGGCUCCAAGUACAAGCUCCCGCAAUAUCUGGCGGACAAGGACAAGAAGGGUGGCAAGGCGCAGAUCAGCUCGGUGGCGUCCGUUUUCAAAGUCUACAACCAUCCCAAGGAAGGCGUCAUCAGUUUUGUGCGCGUGUACCAGGGCACGCUGACGCGCAACGCCUCGACGUUUAACACGCACAUCCACGCACACGAGCGGCCCAUGGGCAUCCUGCAGAUCUCGGCGGAGAAGACGCAAGAAGUGCAGGACCUGGCGGUGGGGCAGAUCGGUGCGCUCCGCGGUCUGAAGCAGUCGCGCACGGGCGACACGCUCAUCACGACGGUGGGCAACAAGACGGUCCCUGAGGCGUUCCGGCACAUGCAGAUCCGCCCGCCCGAGAUCCCGCCGCCUGUGGCCUUCCUGCAGGUCGACCCGUUCGGCAACGUGGCGGCGCAGGAGCUCCAGCUCGCGCUGGAGAACGCGUCGCGCGAGGACCCCAGCCUGCGGUGGAGCCGCAACCCCAAGACGGAUCAGUUCACCGUCCAGGGCAUGGGUAAGCUGCACCUGGACGUGUCGCUGCACAACAUGCGGCGCAAGAACAAGAUUGACGCCGAGUUCGGCCCCAUAGAAGUCGACUACAAGGAGUGUCUGACGGCGGCGCCGGACCCGCAGCACGCCGUCUUCGACCGUGCCGUGGCCAGUAAGCCGGGCAGGGCGUCGUGCACAGUCGCCUUGGAACCCCUGGAGCCGGAGGAUUACGAGAGAUUACUGGCCGAGGAGGACGACAUCGUGGAGCGCGACGGCAACCUGUUCACCGUCGAGCUCCCCGAGGCUCAGGAACAGCAGCAAGCCGCGUCGUUCGACGUCGAAGAAGCCCGCCAUCAGCUCCUCAACGGCGCCAUAGCCGGACUGGCCCGCGGGCCCAGACGCGCAUCGCCCGUUCACGGCUGCCACGUGACCAUGACGCUAGACAGGUCAGACCUCGAGUCCCCCACGGGCGGACACUUCAGCGGCGCAGCCAGGAUGGGGGUGCAGGCGGCGCUGCGCCAGGCCAUGGACCGCGGGCAGGUGGGCGUCCUCGAGCCGGUCAUGCUGGUGCACAUAACCUGCCCCGAGGCCGCGGCGGGCACCGUGCAGCACGACAUCACGGCGGGGGCGGGCGGCAGCGUCCUCGAGGUCAACGACCGGUCUGCGGGCGCCGAAGCGGGCGAGGCAGGGUCCGCCACUAUCGACGUGAGCGCCAUCUACGCGCCGAACGACCCCUACGACUCGGUCACCUCGCUGCGCGGGAAGAAGUCGUCGGCGCGGGCGGUGGAGAUUGUGGCCAAGGUGCCGUACAAGGAGAUGCUGGGGUACGACGAGCACCUGAGGGGCAAGACGGCGGGGAGGCACAGCCUCACCAUGGCGUUUGACUCGUUCGCCAGGGUUGUCGGGCAUCGUGAGAAGGGGCUGUGA